AUGGAACAAGAUCCUAAGAACAAAGUUAUUGUUGUCACAGGAGCAGCAAGAGGUAUAGGAUACGAAAUCGCUGACCAGUUUCUCAAGAACGAGGCCAAAACAGUGAUUUUAUUAGACCUCAUUGAGACUUUAGGAGCUGAAGCUGCACAAACACUAAAUGUUAAGUACGGAGAAGGAAAAGCAACCUUCAUAAAAUGUGACGUCACAAAAGAUUUGGACAAAGUGUCUAGUGAAAUAUUUCAGAAGUAUCACGUUGACGUUCUUAUAAACAAUGCAGGGAUAUUAGACGAGUAUAAUGCAAGACGGACACUUGAAGUCAACCUUAUGGCUCUAGUUGAUUGGAGUAUGAAAUUCUGGGAUUAUUGGAGGACAGACAAAGGUGGUCGUGGAGGCAUAAUAUACAAUGUAGCGUCUAUUUAUGGAUAUGAAUACAAUCCCUUUUCUGUUUUCUAUAAAACAUCUAAAAGUGCAGUGUUGGGUUUCACGAGGUCGUUAGGACAUCCUGUCAACUACAAACAAACUGGUGUGAAGGUAAUAGCAAUCUGUCCUGGUUUCACUGACACUGUUAUACAUUCUGGUAACAUGUGGGAGUGGCUGAAGGAAGAAUUCCAAAAAGUAAUGGAGACAGGAGUUGUCAUGCAAACACCAGAGACUGUUGUAUUCUACAAAACUGCAAAGCAUGCAGUUUUGGGCUUCACAAGAUCUCUUGGUCAUCCCUUCAACUACGAAAAAACUGGUGUCAGAGUUAUUGCCAUAUGUCCAGGUUUUACUGACACAGUAAUGCUUAACGUUAAAAUAUGGGACAUACACAGAGAAGCAUCUGAUCAAAAUGUAUCAGAAAUGAAAGUGCAAACACCAGAGACUGUUGGUAAAGCUGCUGUGGAGAUCUUCAAGGUUGCAAAGACAGGAGACGCGUGGGUCGCAGCUAACGAUGAACCUAUUCAUUUGGCUCCAAUGUGUUAA